AAAAAAAACCAUGGGUUUUUCAUAUUCUCAUCCGCUGCUUCUCAUAAUCUCUUGCUUUAAAACAUUACUCUACCUUAGAUUUUACUACUAGAUAACUAAGUAGUACUAAUAUAUUUCGAUCAAAUCGCGAUUAACAUAGGACUGUUUCGCUGUGUACGCGUGCACCGUACCUUUUUGUACGCACGCAUACAUGAUCACACGCAGCUAGCACUUUAAUCACCCUGUCUAACCCACUGUCAAUUAUUUAUUUAACCAUUUCCAUCCCUAAUCCAUUCCGACGGUCAAACCAAACAUGUAUAUCCACACCAAUGGGCCCCAACUUUCAGUGAGACACCGGAGACGCUGAGCCCAUUCACGUUGCGCCACGUGUCCUAUUCGCACGAUGUCAAAUACUUGGCGCCAAGGUGUAACGGCUGCGGCUAGAGCUUAUAGCCCAAACGGUAGUUAGGCAGCCAUGUCUCCCCCCCUUCCUUUCCCUCCUUUAAAAUCCCCAGCGGUGUAGCAAACGUAGCUAUCAAGAGCAUUUGCAUUUUGCACCCAAUGUCUUAAGAGGUUAGAACCACAUGCUCUCUUCCUCCUCCCUCCCAUGGCGCCCGUGCCCAUCUCCGUCUUCGUCUUCGUCUUCAUCUUCAUUUUCUUCCUCCUCGACGGCUCGAUACCGACUCUCGGGUCAAAUGACCAUUCCGCGCUUAUGUCCUUCAAGUCUGGUGUGUCUAAUGAUCCUAAUGGAGCACUCGCCAACUGGGGAUCCCUCAAUGUGUGCAAUUGGACCGGUGUCUCUUGCGACGCGUCGAGACGGCGUGUCGUGAAGCUGAUGCUACGAGACCAGAAGCUCUCCGGUGAGGUCUCUCCCGCGCUCGGCAAUCUAUCCCACCUUAAUAUACUCAAUCUCUCGGGGAACCUCUUCGCCGGGAGAGUUCCGCCGGAGCUUGGGAAUCUCUUCCGACUCACCUUGCUUGACAUUUCGUCGAACACCUUUGUCGGGAGAGUCCCGGCUGAGCUUGGGAACCUCUCUAGCCUAAAUACACUUGAUCUCUCCCGAAACCUCUUCACCGGCGAAGUGCCGCCGGAGCUCGGCGACCUCUCUAAGCUUCAGCAGCUCAGCCUUGGUAACAAUCUCCUGGAGGGUAAAAUUCCGGUGGAGCUCACGCGCAUGUCGAACCUGAGCUACCUCAACCUCGGCGAGAACAACCUCUCCGGCCGCAUCCCGCCGGCCAUCUUCUGCAACUUCUCCUCCUUGCAGUACAUUGAUCUCUCCUCCAACUCGCUCGACGGCGAGAUCCCCAUAGAUUGCCCGCUCCCCAACCUGAUGUUCCUCGUCUUGUGGGCGAACAACCUCGUCGGCGAGAUCCCUCGCUCGCUGUCGAACUCGACGAAUCUCAAAUGGCUUCUGCUGGAGUCGAAUUACCUCUCCGGCGAGCUCCCCGCCGACAUGUUCGGCGGCAUGAGGAAGUUAGAGCUCUUGUACCUAUCGUUCAACUACCUCAGGAGCCCAGAGAACAACACCAACCUUGAGCCUUUCUUUGCCUCGCUGACCAACUGCACCAGCCUCAAGGAGCUCGGCGUCGCCGGCAACGAGCUCGCCGGCGUGAUCCCGCCGAUCGCCGGCCGCCUCGGCCCGGGCCUCACGCAGCUCCACCUCGAGUACAACAGCAUCUUCGGCGCGAUCCCUGCGAACCUCUCCAACCUCACCAACCUCACGGCGCUCAACCUGUCGCACAACCUCAUCAAUGGCUCCAUCCCGCCGGCGGCCGUCGCCGGCAUGCGGCGGCUAGAGCGGCUGUACCUCUCCGACAACAUGCUCUCCGGCGAGAUCCCGCCGUCGCUCGGGGAGGUCCCGCGGCUCGGGCUCGUCGACCUCUCGCGCAACCGGCUCGCCGGCGGCAUCCCGGCCGCCGCGCUCUCCAACCUCACCCAGCUCCGGUGGCUCGUCCUGCAUCACAACCACCUCGCCGGAGUCAUCCCUCCCGGCAUCGCGCAAUGCGUGAACCUCCAGAAUCUUGAUCUCUCUCACAACAUGUUGAGAGGCAAGAUCCCUGAUGAUUUGUCGGAGCUGAGUGGGCUGCUUUAUUUGAAUCUUUCGAGUAAUUUGUUGGAAGGGAUGAUCCCGGCGACCAUCGGCAGGAUGGCGAUGCUGCAGGUGCUCAACCUGUCGUCGAACCGGCUCUCCGGCGACAUCCCGACGCAGAUCGGCGGCUGCGUCGCGCUCGAGUACGUCAACGUCUCCGGCAACGCGCUGGAGGGCGGCCUCCCCGACGCCGUCGCCGCGCUGCCGUUCUUGCAGGUUCUUGACGUGUCCUACAAUGGCCUCUCGGGCGCUCUGCCUCCGUCGUUGGGGGCGGCGGCGUCGCUGCGGCGGGUGAAUUUCUCCUACAAUGGGUUCUCCGGCGAGGUGCCGGGUGAUGGCGCCUUCGCGAGCUUCCCCGACGACGCGUUCCUCGGCGACGAUGGGCUGUGCGGGGUGAGGCCUGGCAUGGCUCGGUGCGGCGGCCGCCGCGGCGAGAAGCGCCGCGUGCUCCAUGACCGGCGCGUGUUGCUGCCGAUUGUUGUCACGGUGGUUGGCUUCACGCUGGCGAUUCUCGGCGUCGUCGCGUGCCGUGCGGCGGCGAGGGCGGAGGUGGUGAGGCGAGACGCGCGCCGGUCGAUGCUGCUCGCCGGCGGCGCAGGCGACGAGCCGGGCGAGAGGGACCACCCGAGGAUCUCGCACCGGGAGCUCGCCGAGGCGACGGGCGGCUUCGAUCAGGCGAGCCUGAUCGGCGCCGGGCGGUUCGGGCGCGUCUACGAGGGGACGCUCCGCGACGGCACGCGCGUCGCCGUGAAGGUGCUCGACCCGAAGAGCGGCGGCGAGGUGUCCCGGAGCUUCAAGCGGGAGUGCGAGGUGCUCCGGCGGACGCGCCACCGGAACCUGGUGCGCGUGGUCACCACCUGCAGCCAGCCGGACUUCCACGCGCUCGUGCUCCCGCUGAUGCGCAACGGGAGCCUCGAGGGCCGCCUCUACCCGCGAGACGGCCGCGCCGGGCGCGGCCUCGGCCUCGCCCAGCUCGUCGCCGUCGCCGCCGACGUCGCCGAGGGGCUCGCCUACCUGCACCACUACGCGCCGGUGAGGGUGGUGCACUGCGACCUCAAGCCCAGCAACGUCCUCCUCGACGACGACAUGACCGCCGUCGUCGCCGACUUUGGCAUCGCCAAGCUGGUCAAGAACGCCGACGGCGACGUCACCACCAACUCCGGCAGCAUCGCCGCCGCCUCAUCUGAUCCUUGCAACUCCAUCACCGGAUUGUUACAAGGCUCAGUCGGCUACAUUGCACCAGAAUAUGGAUUAGGAGGGCAUCCAUCUACACAGGGUGACGUGUACAGCUUCGGCGUGAUGAUACUCGAGCUGAUCACCGGGAAGAGGCCAACUGACGUCAUCUUCCACGAGGGCCUCACGCUGCACGACUGGGUCAGGCGACACUACCCGCACGACGUCGCCGCCGUGGUGGCGCGGUCGUGGCUGACGGACGCCGCCGUGGGCUACGACGUCGUGGCGGAGCUGAUCAACGUCGGGCUCGCGUGCACGCAGCACUCGCCGCCGGCGCGGCCGACCAUGGUGGAGGUGUGCCACGAGAUGGCGCUCCUCAAGGAGGACCUCGCCAAGCACGGGCACGGCGGCAGCGGCGGCGACGUGGUCGCCGCCGCGACGGUGAUGGCCGCGGCGGCGCCGCCGUCGGUGGCGAUGACGGCGAGCGAGCGGUCGUGCUCCACCUCGGACUCGUCUUUGAGUUACUAGCGUUAUGGCCCAAAAAGAUUAAUUCGUGGUGUAGUGUAGUGUAAUACAAACUUCAUGCACUGCACAUUUUGAUGCUUAAAUUUAACUCGUAUUUUAGGACAUUUUGAUGUGCCAUUUAGUGUUAGCACAAUGCUUUUUUUGAAAUUUCUCUCUUGAUUAAUCGAGUGGAAGAAGAUGCAACGAAGUAUCAAUGUAUACAUAUAUAUGUUUUUUUUUUCAAAAGCCAUGUAUAGUUAAAGAGAAUGUCUGUAAAAAGAAGUAUGAACUACUGGGUUGGUGAAAGUCAGUGCUAA